AUGGCGCCCGUGACCGUGCUGGACCGCCCCGACGGGCAUGCGCCCUUCCAGCUGCCGCCCGACUUCGCCCGCUACGACUCGGACAGCGACGCCUCCGCCUCCGCCUCCGACGCCGCCGACAUGCAGAAGGACGCGACGGAGGAGGAACUCGAGCGACUCGUCUUCGGCGACCGCGCUGGCUUCAGGGAGGGCAUCCAGAACUUCGGCCGCCGAGGCGAGCUGGUCGUAGCCGACGGGGAGCAGGAAGAGGAGGACAGCGACCUGGACAAUGUCGCCGAUGCCGAUCUUUUCUUCACCGACUCAGGGCCCAAUGCGAAUACCGGCAAAGCCCUUGUCCCCGCCCCGGGCGCCGACGAUUCCGACGACGAUUUCGCCGACGCCGGCAGAGAUGCGCCCGCAUGGGAAGACAGUGACGACGAGCGCAUGGUGGUCUCGCUGGCCUCGGUGCCAAGGUUAAGAAAACUGCGCAAGACGGAGGAUGAGGAUCUUAUCAACGGCAAGGAGUAUGCGCGGAGACUGCGAAGGCAGUUCGAGAGGCUGUACCCCACCCCGGACUGGGCCGUGCCAGCAGCGAGGAGGCCUUCGAAGAGGAGAAAGAUUUCCGAGCACGACCGUUCGUCUGCCGACGAGGAUGAAUCGUCCAACGAGGACAUGGACAUCGACGAGGUCGAUCUCUCCGCGCAGCCGCUCGCAAAGCUGCUCAAGGACGCCGACAGCCUUACACGUAGAGCCACGACUGGCCCGGCCAAGAGACGGAAGCUUCGCCCCGAGGUGCUCGACAUCCAGCGGACAAAAGACAUUAGCGGCAUGCAACCCUCCGCAAUCACCUCGCUGUCUUUCCAUCCAACCCUCCCGAUCCUUCUUUCAUCUGGUCCCAGCUCGACGCUCUACCUCCACCAUGUCCAGCCCAUUCCACCGAACCCCAACCCUCUUCUCACAUCCCUACACAUCAAGCGCACUCCUCUUACCACCACCGCCUUCCACCCUUCGCCCGACGACUCGCGCAUUUUCCUUAGCGCACGUCGUCGCUACUUCCACGUCUGGAACCUCACAACCGGCACCAUCGAAAAGGUCACCCGCGUGUACGGCCACCAGCAGGAGCAGCGCACCAUGGAGCGGUUCGCCCUGUCCCCCAACGGCAAGUACAUGGCGCUGCUCGGCUCCGCGCGCAAGGGCGGCGGCUACAUCAACAUCCUGGACGCCCGCACGCUGCAGUGGCAGAGCCAGGCGCGCAUCGAGUCGCUCGGCGGCAUCGCCGACUUCGCGUGGUGGGCCGACGGCAACGGCCUCACCAUUGCCGGCAAGAACGGCGAAAUCAGCGAGUGGGACGCGGUGGCGCAGCGGCUGCGCGCGCGCUGGGUCGACGAGGGCGCCGUCGGCACCUCGGUCAUCGCGCUGGGCGGCCGCAGCGGCCGCGACGACUGGCUGGGCGGCGACCGCUGGGUCGUCGUGGGCAGCUCCAGCGGCAUCGUCAACGUCUACGACCGCCGCGCCUGGCUGCCCGCCAACAACAACAACAACAACAACAACAACAACGGCGGCGUCCCCGCCGCGCCCAAACCCGUCAAGGUCCUCGACCAGCUCACGACGCCCAUCUCGCACCUCCGCCUCUCGCCCGACGGCCAGCUGCUGGCCAUGGCCUCGCGCUGGAAAAAGGACGCCCUGCGCCUCGUCCACCUGCCCAGCUGCACCGUCUACCGCAACUGGCCCACCGGCGCCACCCCGCUCGGCCGCAUCACCGCCGUGGCUUUCGGCGACGCCGCCGCCGUCGAGGAGAAGGAUGGCAAGGGCGUCGACGCGGAGCUGAUGCUCGCCGUGGCCAACGAGCAGGGCAAGAUUAGGUUGUGGGAGAUUCGGGCUUGA